GUGGUGGUUUGGAUCCCUGUGCGGUGAUUUGGAUCCCUGUGCGGUGAUUUGGAUCCCUGUGCGGUGAUUUGGAUCCCUGUGCGGUGAUUUGGAUCCCUGUGCGGUGAUUUGGAUCCCUGUGCGGUGAUUUGGAUCCCUGUGCGGUGAUUUGGAUCCCUGUGCGGUGAUUUGGAUCCCUGUGCGGUGAUUUGGAUCCCUGUGCGGUGAUUUGGAUCCCUGUGCGGUGAUUUGGAUCCCUGUGCGGUGAUUUGGAUCCUGGUACCCAGCUGCGUCCCUGUGUGGUGAUUUGGAUCCCUGUGUGGUGAUUUGGAUCCCUGUGUGGUGAUUUGGAUCCCUGUGUGAUGAUUUGGAUCCUGGUACCCAGCUGUGUCCCUGUGUGGUGAUUUGGAUCCCUGUGUGAUGAUUUGGAUCCUGGUACCCGGCUGUGUACCUAUGUGGUGAUUUGGAUCCCUGUGUGGUGGUUUGGAUCCCUGUGUGGUGAUUUGGAUCCUGGUACCCGGCUGUGUCCCUGUGUGGUGGUUCGGGCGAGGCCGAAGCGGGCCCUCCUUGCCGGGGUGCGCUGUGAGGGCGCUGCUCGCGCGCCGCCUGGCGGGCAGCCAUUGGCUCUGCUCUCGGGGCCGCUUUGUGCCGCCCCUCGCCAUUGGCCGCGCCCGCGUGUGCGGCCGUAAGCGCGUUGGCCAUUGGCGGGGGCGCGGCAUGGCGGACGCGGGCGGCUCGUGGCGGGUGAGGGGCGCGGGGCCGGGGUGGGGGGCUCUGCUCGGCCCGGCCCGGCCCGGCUCAGCCCGGCCUUGUGUCCGCCCGCAGCCGCCGCGACCGUGCGAGGACUACUGGGGGGAGUGGAAGCACUGCCGCGGGCUGCGCCACGCCUUCCACCACUACUACGCGCACGGGGAGCUGCCGGCCUGCGGGCGCUGGCGGGAGGACUACGAGGCCUGCCGCGCGUGGGAGCGGCACCGCGCCGCGGCCGCGCAGGAAGCUUUGUGCAAGAGUGAAAGAGCUCGAGUCAUGGAAAGCCAGAAGUACGCUCCUGUGUGGACACUCAGGAAGAGCCCCCCACCAGAUUGGUAUCUACCCCUUGACCAGGACAAACCAAAUUAGGAAGAUUGUUUGCUGUGUUUAGUCAGUAACUUAAUACAUAAUUCAGAACUGUGCUGCCUUUUUUCCUUCCAUGUCAUCUUGAAGUUAUACAACUGUAGCUCUGCCCUGCUGUACUUGAGCACUCCUUCAAAAGUACUGAGAGUUUAUUUAAACGCUGAGUAUUUUUUAAAGGGAGACUUGAGGUGCUUAAUUUGUCUCUGGUCUUGUAUUGCUCUUACACUUUAGGAUUUUGUCUCAGCAACUCAGCAGACAACUCCCAAAUUAAUGCAGACGUGAUCCAGCUCCUCUUGCUAGAUGAGGGCCUCUUCCCUUCCUGCUGGUGGUGUGCACUUUUGGAACAAGGUACCCACCCCAGGCCUGCAAGACGGGCAAAAAACAAGCCAGGAAUCCUCCCUCCAGUUCAGGACAGUCCCAACCACUGGCAUUUAAAAGGCAUUUCCCAGAACAGGAUUGUUGUGGGUUAAGAGCUUCUCAGCUGAUGGGGAGGUGCUGCAGACCCUGAAACUGCCCCUUUGUGGAACUACUCUUGAAUGAUGGUGUGUGUGGUGGUAGUAUUCAAAACUACAACAGAAAUAAAUGUUUUAACAAAUGUAGAGAUAGAUCUGGUUUGGUUUAGGGCAAAACCACGCAAACUUGAUUACACAAGUUACGUGGCAAUUUAAUAAAAUAAAAAAGCUGGCUUUGG